AAUAAAACUCGAAAGCUGCGAACUCUGGAAACAACCAAACCAGGCAAGAAGUCGUCUCAUCAACUAACUGGUGUUUUGUUUAAAGCUUUCUUCGGCCGCCACAAUGGCGCCUGUAAGAACCACCGGAGGCGCUAUUGUCGCUGCAACUGCCGCCUUCUCCAUUUCCAUGGCUCUCUUCUCUUACUUCCUCUUAUUCAAAAGGACCAGUUCGACCCUUCAUUCCAACAAGAAGAAAAAGCCCAGAACUGGAGUUGUCGAUGCCAUUGGCAACACCCCUUUGAUUCGUAUCAACAGCCUCUCUGAAGCCACUGGCUGUGAGAUUCUGGGAAAAUGUGAGUUUCUGAAUCCUGGAGGAAGUGUGAAAGAUAGAGUAGCCGUGAAAAUUAUUGAAGAGGCUCUCGAAUCAGGUGAUCUAGCUCCCGGAGGAGUUGUCACCGAAGGGAGUGCGGGGAGUACCGCCAUUAGCCUCGCAACGGUGGCUCCUGCCUUUGGAUGCAAAUGUCAUGUAGUCAUCCCUGACGAUGCUGCUAUCGAAAAGUCUCAAAUACUUGAAGCAUUGGGAGCUAAUGUUGAAAGAGUAAGACCGGUAUCGAUUACGCAUAAAGACCAUUAUGUUAAUAUCGCUAGGAGGCGUGCAGUAGAGGCAAAUGAGUUAGCAGCGAAGCAUAAAAAGCCCAGCCAAGUUGAUGGAAAAACCCGGGAUCAAAUGGAUGAUUGCCCUCCUGAUCAGGAGAAAGAAAAUCCGAGUUUCUUGAGUCUUUGUAAUGGUGGUUUCUUUGCUGAUCAAUUCGAAAACUUGGCAAACUUCAGGGCCCACUACGAGGGUACUGGACCAGAGAUUUGGGAGCAGACUGGUGGCAGUCUAGAUGCAUUUGUUGCUGCUGCAGGCACUGGUGGUACUGUGGCUGGUGUUUCGAAGUUUCUCCUGGAAAAGAGUCCAAAAAUCAAGUGUUUUUUGAUAGAUCCUCCUGGUUCUGGUUUGUUCAAUAAGGUAACCAGGGGAGUCAUGUACACUAAAGAGGAAGCAGAAGGACGAAGGCUUAAGAAUCCAUUCGACACCAUAACAGAAGGGAUCGGAAUCAACAGAUUGACUAAAAAUUUCGUGAUGGCAAAGCUUGAUGGGGCCUUCCGUGGCACGGAUAAGGAGGCUGUUGAAAUGUCAAGGUUCCUUAUGAAGAACGAUGGGCUCUUUCUCGGAAGUUCUUCAUCCAUGAACUGCAUUGGAGCUGUUCGAGUGGCAAAGGCUCUAGGCCCUGGCCACACCAUUGUAACCAUUUUAUGUGACAGUGGGAUGAGGCAUUUAAGCAAAUUUUACGAUGCCAAGUAUCUGUCACAGCAUGGAUUGACACCCACGGCAUCUGGAUUAGAGUUCAUGAGCAUCAAAUGAGCCCUGCAAAGAUUUUGACUCCGACGCAAACAUUCUUCAUCAAAUUGGUUGGCAUAUUGAGUCGUGUUCGUCGAUGGAAAUUUCAGAAGUUACUCAGACGAGUUGACCUUAACUUUUGGGGAACGAGCAUCCUAAAUGAUUCAUUUAGCUAGGAUUGGAACUUAGCAUUUUUUUAGUUUUUACACUUGGUGCUUAAGUUGGUUAUCAUUAUUUUGUCCAAAGAUAAGAAGAAAGAUUAGGUCCAU